CGCUCCGCUCCGCUUUGUCUGCUCCCUCUCGCUGUCUUUAUCCACCAGGGCCUGCUCACAAGAUGAUUCAAUUAAAAUCGAUGCUUAAUUGCAUCGACAACUCGGGCGCCGCAGUUGUCGAAUGUGUGAAUGUUCUGAAGAAGAAGCGGGCUGCCACUGUCGGUGACCGGAUCGUGGUGGUGGUUCAGAAGCAACGAAGUUUCGCCUCCGAAGGCGCCGGCGGCAGUAUCAGCAACAAAGUCCGUCGCGGAGAUAUUCGACAUGCGGUGAUUGUCCGAGUCCGAAAGGAGAUGCAGCGUCCAGAUGGAUCGUCCGUGAAGUUCGAUGACAAUGCCUGUGUGUUGAUCAACAAGUCUGGUGAUCCGAUCGGCACAAGAAUGAACGGGGUCGUGGCUACAGAACUACGGGGCAAGCAGUGGUCCAAGAUUUUGUCCUUGGCACCGUUGCAUGUAUAAAAUAUACCUUUGCAAGCGAAUCGUUUUAUUUCCUCAUAUAGCCUGUAUCAAU